AUGACUGUUGGAGGACCGACGAUCACACUUUCCAAUGGCGUGAAAAUGCCACAAGUUGGACUGGGAACUUGGAUGUCUCCUCCUGCUGAAGCGAAAGCGGCUGUAAAAACUGCUGUCGAGACCGGAUAUCGUCUAAUUGACACGGCUGCUGUUUAUCAAAACGAGGAAGCUAUUGGUGAAGCAAUUAAGGAGCUGAUUCAGGCCGGGAAAGUCACUCGUGAAGAACUUUUCAUCACAACUAAGAUUGGUUCUGGUCCAUCAGCGAAACUAGGCCAUUUCUUCCCUCAUCACUUUAUGAUUGUUCCACCUCGAAAGAAGAAAAACAUCGGAUCUCAGCGUGUCGGAUCAAUGUUCUGGAACAAGAAACGUAAUGAACUGCGCCGUAGAGCUCAAGCUUAG